AAACAAGGGAAAAGGAAAAAAUAAAAGACGAGAGAGAUAAAGGAAAGAGCUUUACAGAAAGAAAGAGAGGAAGAAGAGAGGGAUUUGUUUCUCUCUUUGAAGGUUUCUUCUCUUUCUCAUUGUAGUCCCAUUUCUACAUUCUCCUCAAUAAACGCCAUUGUGUGUGUGCGCGCGCGCGCGACAGAGAGAGAUGGGAGAGUAUAGGAGCUUUUGUUCUUUCAUAUUUGUGUUGUUGCUAGUGGCCUGCACAAGUGGUGAAGACCCUUACAGGUUCUAUAAUUGGAAUGUCACCUACGGUGACAUCUACCCUCUCGGAGUAAAACAACAGGGUAUAUUGAUAAACGGCCAAUUUCCAGGGCCACAAAUCGAGUGUGUCACCAACGAUAACUUGAUUGUCAAUGUUUUCAAUAGCUUGGACGAGCCUUUCCUCAUCUCUUGGAAUGGUGUACAGCAGAGAAGGAACUCGUGGCAGGAUGGAGUCUAUGGCACAAACUGCCCCAUCCCACCAGGGCAGAACUUCACUUAUGUUCUCCAAGUCAAGGAUCAGAUUGGUAGCUACUUCUACUUUCCUUCCCUUGCCUUACACAAGGCUGCAGGAGGGUAUGGUGGAUUCAAAAUCGCCAGCCGCUCAGUAAUUCCAGUACCUUUCCCACCUCCUGCUGGAGAUUUCACCAUAUUGGCAGGCGAUUGGUACAAGAAAAAUCACACCGAUUUAAGAGCAAUUUUAGAUGGUGGGAGUGAUCUUCCCUUCCCUGAUGGACUUCUUAUCAAUGGCCGUGGUUCAAAUGGGUACACAUUCACGGUUGAUCAAGGCAAGACUUAUAGGUUUCGGAUAUCAAAUGUGGGGCUUACAACCUCUAUCAAUUUCAGAAUUCAGGGCCACAAGAUGUUGCUGGUAGAGGUGGAAGGAACUCACACGCUUCAGAACAUUUAUGAUUCCCUUGACGUCCAUUUGGGGCAAUCCUACUCUGUACUGGUUACUGCUGAUCAACCAGCACAAGCUUAUGACAUUGUUGCCUCCACUCGAUUUACCUCCCAAGUGCUCACAGCAACCUCCAUUCUUCGUUAUGGUAACUCGGCUGGAAGUGUCUCCAGCCCUCCCCCUGGUGGGCCAACUAUACAGAUUGAUUGGUCUCUAGAACAAGCCCGAUCUAUAAGACGGAAUCUCACUGCAAGUGGGCCAAGACCUAAUCCCCAAGGCUCUUACCAUUAUGGGAUGAUUAACACCACCCACACAAUCAUACUUGCAAACUCUGCUCCAAUUAUCAAUGGCAAGCAGAGAUAUGCUGUCAAUAGCGUGUCCUUCAUUCCCGCUGAUACACCACUAAAGCUUGCAGACUACUUCAAAAUCUCAGGGGUGUUUGGGGGCAUUCCAGAUAGUCCCACUGGCGGCGGUGCUUACCUCCAGACUUCUGUCAUGACUGCGGAUUUCAGAGGCUAUGCUGAGGUUGUGUUUGAGAAUCCUGAAGACGUUGUGCAGUCGUGGCACAUAGAUGGCCAUAACUUCUUUGUUGUGGGGAUGGAUGGAGGACAGUGGUCAGCUGCAAGCAGAUUAAAUUACAAUUUGAGAGACACAAUUUCUCGUUGCACUGUUCAGGUGUAUCCCCAGUCCUGGACUGCAGUUUACAUGCCUUUGGACAAUGUGGGAAUGUGGAAUGUGAGAUCUGAAAACUGGGUUCGCCAAUAUUUGGGGCAGCAAUUCUAUCUCCGCGUUUAUUCUCCUGCAAAUUCAUGGAGAGAUGAAUAUCCGAUCCCAAGCAAUGCACUUAGAUGUGGACGGGCAGUAGGCCACAGCACACGCCCUGUUUAAACAACCACCAUAACUGGGUGUUCUAGAGACUGUCACGAGAGGGUGACCGUAUACUCAUAAUUAUUAGAUUUCACUCAUUGUAGGAAUUGCUUCUUUGAUGUGUUGAUCAAAUGAAAGUCGUUAGAGCUUAUGAAUUUGUAAUUGAACACUGUCCAUCCCCUUUUUAUCUAUUGCCUAUAAAUUUUAAAUCUUUUACUCA